AUGUCUAAUUGAAGUGCGAGUAUUUGUUAAAGCCGUAAAGUUAAAUUAUUUUAAAGUUACAUUAUAUUCAUAUCAUAGAUAGAUAAUGCAUUUUACGCCAAUGUUGUAUAUAUCUUUAUACUUUUUGGCUUUAAGUUUUAAAGACGUUAUCUGUUUUUUUGACCCGGUAUCAUUAACCGUUGGAGUCGGUGUUGGUCUCGGCGCACUAACUGGAUUUGGUGUUCUCAAGGAUCAAACCUAUUGCCGAUUAACUGAGUGUUGCAAUGAGCGAAGUAUACCAGGGGAUGUUUAUAAGCUCAAAGUAAUGAUACAGAAACGAUUAUUUGGUCAACACAUUGUUAAACAGCAGUUGAUAUCAGCGUUAGAGGCGCAUUUCAAUCCUCGAAGUUCUUCACGAAAGCCACUGGUAAUGAGUUUUCAUGGUACACCGGGAACUGGUAAGAAUUUUGUAGCUGAUAUGAUUGCAGAGGCGCUGUAUGAGAAGGGGAUAAAAAGUCGGUUUGUACAUAAAUAUACGGGAAGACUGGAUUUCCCAUUGCAAAAAAUUGUUGGAAGUUAUAAUGAACGUAUUUAUAAUGAUGUGGUGACGGGCAUUACAGAUUGUCCCCGUUCAUUAUUUAUUUUUGAUGAAGUGGACAAAAUGCCUGCCGGUGUCUUUGAAUCACUAGCAUCCUUGGUGGACUAUAAUGCACUUCCUAACAAGUUAGAUGGCUCCAAAGCCAUAUUCAUUUUUCUUUCAAAUUUAGCAGGUGUACAAAUAUCUGAUCAACUGGCAAAAAUGUUAAAGAAUGGUGAAUUACGCGAAAAUAUUAAGCUAAGUUCUUUCGAACGAAUACUACAAAAAGCUUCCUAUAAUUUAGAAGGUGGCUUUAAAAAAGCUGGUUUAAUAGAGCAACAUGUAAUUGAUCAUUUCAUUCCAUUUUUGCCGCUUGAAAAGCAGCAUGUCCACCAGUGCAUAUCAGCAGAAUUUAAUAAAUGGGAUCGAAGACCACAAGAGCAAGUGAUAGAGGAUAUGCUUAAAAAAGUGAUUACGUAUGAUCGGGAGCAUGGACUUUUUUCCACAGCAGGCUGUAAAACCAUCGAGAAAAAAGUAGCAACAGAAGUUUGGAUUGAAAAACGUUUGACUUAAUUCUGAUUGUUUUUUUUUUAUUUAAUAAAGUAAUGCAAAAUAUAA